GGUACUUCACUUGGGCGCGUUUACGAAGCCAGUUGGGUGUUUUCUCUGUUAAGGUUGUCUGAACUGGGAGCUGGCAUUUGAAGCUAGAGGGAAUCUAGAUUAAUAUAUUGUUAUAAUCUGAAGGCAUUGCAUAAAUCUUAAAUGAAAAGCUAAUGUUCGUCACUCGAGGAGCGUACACAUCAAGUAGCAACACAUCUAUUCAAACAGCUGAUAUUCCGAAAAUGGUCCUUGGGUGUGGUUUUCAAUUAGACUGUCAUAUGGAAUCUUCAAAACACAACUUUGUUAAUUUGGAGGAGUUUCCUGCUCUGACAAAGUCAAAGCCAAUUAGUUUUAGUGGUGCGGCAUGGAAGAAACAAAUUAUUCUACCGAUCGAGGACUUCAUGGAAUCAGAAAGUGCUGGUAAUGAUAGUCUAUCUGUUUUGAAAAAGAAACGCCUGAAGAAAAAGAGGAAACAAACCUUGUUCAAUGAAGGCAGCACUUCUGGUGAUAGUUCUCCAACCAAAGAUAACGACGGGUGCUUCUUCUCAAGCGAAGAAGUUAGAGAUACAGAUGUUAGUCAAUUAUCGCUCUGUGAAGCCCAAUUCGAAUUCCUUAAAAGUCAGUCCUCAUCAGAUGUGUUCAAAUCUACCACAGACAAAUGCGUAUCAGAAUCUCCAGUCAUUGAGACUGUCGGUUCACUCCAAGUUGAAGAUGAAGGUUUCGCUGAAGAACUCAUCGACUGCACCAACCAUCCAUCCGUUUGCCUUCCCUUCCCAAGAAAAAAGUCUGAUGUGGUGUCUGAUUCUGUUCAACUCCCACUUCAAGUCAAGCCUACUUGUGAAUCACAGAGAGUUACUUCCUUAUGUUCAUCGCUCUAUGAAAAAAACCAAGUUGUCCCACUAGGCCUAAAUUAUUCUGCGUCAAAUUCAGUAAAACAACAUUCAAAACAUUCAAUAAAGCCGAAGAUUUCAACGAAUACACGCCCUAAUAUUCUGGAACAGUAUGCUCGUAGUACAAGUCCUUCUAAUCUUUUUGAUACAAAUUUAUCUUCAAAAGACACAAAUGAUUUUACCGAUGAAGAUGAUAUGGAAGGCACAGAUCUACUCCAUUUAAUUAGUAAUUCAUUGGAUCGAUUCAAUGCAAUUGUCCACCCACCAGAUAAUUUGUCAACAUUAACAUCAGGUUUAGGUGAAUCUCGAGGUAUUUUAUCAGAAAGUGACAGUAAUAGUUAUUCUCAAGAUUGUCCAUUUCCUGUUGAUAUUGUUGUAAAACCCUCAACGGAAUACAAAGAAAGUGUAGGUGUAGGACGUAGAGCUGCAGAUAUUUUUAGCAAUGUAUCACUAUCAUCUUUGAAUUCUGAUAUGAGACAGACCAUCCGUUUGUUGGAUGCGAAAAACCCAAAAAGCUAUAUGGCUUCUGCAGUAGCAGAAACAACACCUAUCGAUUCAAAGUGUAACACGAGCUGCCCAUCAUUCGGGCACUUGUCACUAUCCUUGCCAUAUUCACGCUCAAAUGAAGUCACUAUUGCUUCUUAUCAACAACCUGUGGAAAAGACUACAGCAUAUUAUCCAAACUAUUCGUCAGCUAUUCCAAUAGGCAAUACUUCUGAUAAUGUUCUUAGUGAACUAGUUGGUGGCUGUUCAAUACGCUCAAAUAAUAAUCUGAUGGAUAAGUCCAAAGCAUAUUGGCCAAAUUUACUUGUUAGUAGCCAAAGUAAUUCAAAGGUUUUAACUCCACCAAUAGAAUCAUCAAACAGUUUCUUAACUGAUUUGAUUACUAACAAUAAAAAUGUACUAACGGACAAUGAUAUAGAUAUGUUAAAAUAUUUAAAUCUUGAUUUGGAUUCUCUUAUAACUACUUCUGGUGCAACAACAAUAAUGAAUAAUACGGCUGAUUCUACUACUAAUACUAUUACACCUAGUACUGCUAUUAAUUCUACCGCUAGUGUCAAUCAUUCUCCUCUUCAUUCUCAACAUCAUCGUCAUCACCAACAUUGUCUCCGUGAUAUGAGUCGAUAUGAUGAUUGUAACUGGGCUAUAAACGAUGCGAAUAAAUGCAAAUCAAUGAAUUUAUUUACUAAUAAUACAGAAGAUGAAAAUAUGUGGGACAGUAACAAAUCAUUUCAUUCUAAUAUACCAAUGCUUAAAACACAAUCAUUAGUAAGACAACCAUUGCAAACUGCACACCAGUCCAUUGUGUCAUCAUUACCUUCUAGUUUAUUAUUAUUACAACAUCCUAAAAAUAUAUCAACAAGCUCAAUAGAUAUGAUGAAAUAUGACAGUGCAAAUAGCAAUCCAGACAAAAUUUUCAUAAAUUCAUGUGACAAUAAUAUAAUGUUUAGUUCAAAAUGCGUUAGUAUUCCUAGCAAUAGAAAUGGCAAGACUCAUCCUACUCCGUCAUACUCGCUUACAUCUGGUCAUUGGUGUACAGAAUCUUCGAAUAACCUGGAGUGCGAUUCAAAGGAAAUGUUGCUAUCAGCACGCUCACAUUCGGCUGGUUAUCAUCAGAGUACCUCUGUCUGUACAACAUCGGCAUCUCCAUUUCCUAUCAGCCAAACACCAUCUACAGUUACUAUGAGUCAUUCUGUAACCACGCCAAAUAACUCUACCACAAACUGUUUACCAAUACUUGGGCACUCUGCGUCAGCGUCAUCUAAUAAGAUGAAAGCAUCUUUGGGUGGUCUACCCCCUAUAAGAAAUCUCAAUGGACCACAAGACGGACAUCGAAAUACACACGGUCGACGACAUAAUAAUAGCAUGACUGCAGGACUUGGCAAUAAUUCAGUCUCAUCAAUAUCUGCUUUGAAUACAGUCAAGUCCUCAAAUGGUUUAUCAAAUUCAAUAUCGAAUUCUCAUCUGUCUAACAGUAAAUCACUUACACAUUGUCAUUCAAGUAAUCAGGCAACAACAGUAACAACUGACUCCACGUCAUUAUGUCCUGGUACAGAACUAGUCAAUGGAAAACCAGUUGUGGCCAAAUGGCGUCGGGCAUGUAGCUUUUAUUUACGUGGACAUUGUAAAAAAGAGGACUGUGAAUUCGCACAUGAUUUAACAAAGGUGACUUGUAAAUUUUGGGAAAUGGGUGAAUGUUUCAAAGGAUCAACCUGUCCAUUUCUACAUGGUUAUCCACCAGAAUUGACUAUGGAGUAGUAAACAUUUAGUAUAAUAUUCAUUCAUCGCAGCUCCCAUGCUUUGUUCAAUUUUUUUCCCCCACUCUGAAGUGUAUUUUUUCCCAAAAAACGCGCGUAUCUUUAAGAAUUCGUGUUUAGUCAAGUUUAAUAAAUUAGUCUAUUGGUGUUUUCAAUUAUUAUGUCAAAGGGAGAUGAAAAGAUGAUUACAGGGUAGAAAGAAGAAGAAGAAGAAGGCGGGGCGCGACAACGACAAGUUUUUUAACUGCAUUUUAUAACUUUCUUCUUUUUUAUAUGAAGUAUAAUUUGCAUCACUUUGUACACAUUCUGGAGGUAUAUUUUUCUUUAACAGUAAUGAUAUGCUUGUACCCUAAAGCCCUGGUCAUCACAGAAGGGGACAGAAGUGUUCAUAAACAUUUUGUCUUUGUUCACCUGCGCGUAUUACAUCUAUAUGCAUUGUUUUGAGAUUAUCUGACUAACUUAAAACAAAAGAGAAUCACUAUUAUUAUCAUAAUUAAUAUGCCUUGUCAUUACUUUUACUAAUAUCAUUAACUUACCUUUUUUUUCUGCCAAAUGUUUAUAUAUUUCUUGAUAUUUAAGACGACUCAGAAACAAACUGCUGCUCAUCUUUUUUUUUAAACAAAAGAAAAUCCUAUCGGCGAAACUACUACUACUACUCUCUUUUUAAGAAAACAAGGACGCAAUAUAUAAUUUCAAAGUUCACCACCUCUAUCUAUCCCUUUUAUAUAUUUUAUACAUGUGUGAAAGUACUUGUGUUGUCCUACUUUCACUUUUUAACUGUGAAAAGAUACCGGCCAUGCAACUAAUUUAUUAUUUCCACAUUCACAGAAUCUCUCAUCUCUUCUUUAUUUUAUACUUGCUGUUGUUAUAACCUGCUUUCCUUUUCACAGUUGCACACAUCCUUCAGUCAAUUGGCAUAAAAUAGGCGCUCUGAUCAUCUUUUGCUCAUUUUGUACACACCAGUGAGAGAGAGAGACAGAGAGAUAACAGACGACGCCUACACUUUCUUUGGAAUUUUAUUCUUUAUUCUUUUUUUUUUUAAUAGACGAGAUUUCCCUAUAAUAUAUGUUUAUUUCUUC